GACACAAAAAUCCCAAAUUCCAAAUAUUUAUAUCGGAAAAAUAACAAAAAAUGUACACAGAAGUAGACGUUUUCGUUAGUAAUUUUACACUUAUAGAUCCUGAAAUAUAUCAGUUAUGGAUCGAGGGAUGUUCGUCGAGUGAAGCAGUGACAACUCUACACCAAAGAGCUGUCAGCAAACAAACGGGAGCAACUGUAGAAUUAAUAGCUAGUGAUGUAUUGGAUCAUUACAGGACAUUCGCUUUAUUAGAACGACUGUUGACGGUGCCAUCGAAGCUCUCUGAACAAAUGGUAUUUCAAAUUGACGAACCGACAAAGCAUAUGCUCAUCGAGAAAUAUUACGACUUAGAUGAUGCGGUGAUAAGAGAAUUGCUCGGAAGAAAGUUGUCUUCGCGUCACAGAAAAGAUUUGGACGAGGUAGCAGAGAGAUCUGGAGCUCCGCUAAGGUGUUGUCGUAGACAAUUCGAUAAUGUCCGGAGAGUGUUCAAAGCGGUUGAAGAGAUGCCAGGGAACGUUGUGGCAAACAUACGUUCCACCUUUCUCAUAUCCGAGCCUCUUGCCAAAAAAUAUGGAGCAGUUGUAUUCAUAGCUUGCAUGAGGUUUGAAACGACCAAACGUAAACUUCAGUACUUGUCGUUCAACGACUUUUUCCACUGUGCACAGGCAAUAAUGGCAAGUUGGACGUACAGCUGUACGGGUCCAGAGUAUUAUGACACUGAGAUGGACAGAGAGUUCCUUCUGGAGCUCCGGGAGCUGAGGAUAUUGCUUGAUAAGGAGAAGGAGCACAAACAUUUGAUAUGCAUGCGUUUGAAACCGAAGUUAUUGGAGAAGUCCUAUCAAGAGUUGGAGCUUAAUUUUAGAUUGUACACUCGUGCGUUGGUCGGUCUCGCGUGCAACUUACACAGAGGGCGGGAGCUGAGGUCUUUGUUUAUCGACUUGCUUGAAAGAUGUAUAGAACCACUAAGGAUGGGUAGCUGGCCCAAAACUGAUCUGGCUCAGUUUCUAUGCGCUUACGAGCAAUGUGCUUUACAGAUGGAUGUUUUAAGGGAAGCGGAUCUGAAAAGCGUCUGGGAAAGAUAUAUGAGGGUAGUUAGCCAGUGUUUGUUGACUAUGUAUCAUUUGUAACAUUAGUGUUUUGUGUAUUAUCGUUUCAAUCAAAUAUACAAUUAGUAUUCAAUGUAUAAUUUGUAUACGAUUAUACAAUAUGCAAUUAUACAUCGUAUACUAAGCAUUUGUGUAAUGUAUAAUUUGCAUUAUGUUUGUAUGUAUCGGCUGGUUACAGUUUUAUUAUAUGAGAGAUAUAGAAACAAAGGUGACGCACUCCAUUUUUUUUUUGUUUUGGUUAAAUUUUAUGUUUUUCUAUUCAAUAUAGGAUAGAGAAGAAAACAUAUAACAAGUUUGAAUCAGAUUGUCACGGAGAUUUAAGGACAGAAAUAUGUAGAAAUUUGGAGAUUGCUAUGUUUGUAAUAAUCAUAAAUGGA